UUGAAAUGACUAAACGCAAGAAUGCGAGUAACGCUGGAUCGAGCCCAAAAAAAGAGAAGAAAUCGGAAACUUUUGCUGCUCUAAAGUCGGUUAAAGCGGAAAAGCGGCCAGCUGCGGACUCUUCGGAUUCCGAGCCGGAGGACUUCGAAGAAGAGCAAAUUACUCAUACCGAGGCUGAAGAGACGAGAAAUGAAGACAACGGUCAAGCGAUUUACGAGCCUGAUGUAAUGCGCCCUUUGAUUGAGUCUUUCUUAGAAUUCCUUGUUCAAAGGCAGUCUGAAACGAGUACAGUCCAUAACAUGGAAAACAAGGUUGCGGAAUGGGCUGAAACACGUCGAGAUGAUAAUAUUGACGCAGGAUUGUUCGUUCUCGACUUCCGUAAGUAUCUGAAAAGUGCGGUGAAAUUCAAAAAUCUGCAAAUGAACGAUUCGUGUGCCGCCAUAUCCACCUAUCUGAACAGUGAAAAAUCUCUGGUCGAGUACAAGUCAAUGCCGGAUCGUCCACCUACAAAAAUACAGCUUUACAUAAAGAAACAUCAGAUUAUGUUGAAAGGAAUCGGUGGUGAACCGAUGAAAAACGCCUACAAAGCAAUGAAUGCGGAUACGGAGGGUGCGAAAGAACUCGACGAGCUACUCCGAGAAGCUUCGUUGCAGUACAUUCCACAACUUCAGGAGUUCCUUGAUACGCAUCCAAAUCUGACAGAAGAACAGAAGCGAUCAAUCGUUAACAAGAUGAAGAUGCUCAACAAGAAAUACAACUCAAAGGAAAUUUCAAGCACACCAAAGAAGAGAUCUAGCAAGAAGGAUCCAGAGACGGCAUUCAGCCUCUUCUGUAGAACAAAGAACGAUAAGUAUCGUGACCUGUCUGACGAGGAACGCGAGAUCAAGCUGCAAAAGAAGUUCGAAAAACUGCCGGCCGCUCAAAAGGAUAUUUACGAAAGCCUUGCCAUCAGCAUGUGAACCACCCAUUCCCCAUUAAUUUUAAACGUUAUUUUAUUAAUCUCCAAUAAUGAUCAACUUUUCGCGAUACUCUUCAUUUACUCGAGAAUUUCAACCAAAUUUGUUUCACACUGUUUUGUUUUUGUUUCAAAAAUAUUUAAUGAAAAUCUGUUAUAAUCAU